AUGUCUUCGUUUUCAUCCUUGGACGAUAACGAUCUUCUAGUUUAUCAAUCGUUUGAGAAGCUUAUCGAUGGUAAAUUACGAAAGACAUUUCCAUCUGAUUUUCAAUUGAAACCCCUAUCUGUUUGUCGUGUACUAGGUUAUGGAAUGUUUUAUGAUUUCAAAAUCGCUCUACCUGAUGAUAAAUUUGCUAAAGCUUCAUUCAAUUCAAAUGCAGGUUAUGCCAUGGGCACAAAAGUAAGCGAUGCAACACAUGAUUGCAUCACCGUUCAAAGGGUUUCAACAUUAACAUCAAAUCAAUAG